UUAGGGUUCUAUACUGACUAAAGGGAAAAACAACGAAAACAUAAAAAAUACACACAAAAUACGGAAACGAUCGGAAACAUUACCCGCGAAGACAUCGCUUGAAAGUGCAGUAAUCCUAACUGAACUGAAGUACCCUAAAAGAGAUAUAUUAAGUGGAUCAUCUUCACCCUGAUCUUCACGUUAAAAAUCAAACAAGUGUGACGCCAAAAGAUUCAUUUACAAUGGCGCAAUCUCACCCGGACGAGAGCGACGGGAUUUUCCUCGAAGAUGGAGUGUCACCGACGCCGGGGGACGAAGCAGACUUCGCGCUGUCGGUUGUGAAUCUGACACGGUCCUCGGACAUUCCCCUUCGGUAUUUUCUGCCCAAGAUCUUCUCACCGAUGGAGGCGAGCAUGACCCGCAGCUGUCAGCGAAUAUCAGAGAAGUCUCCAAAGUACAGAUUGCUAAAUACUGAAUGGGGAAACAAAUCAUCAUCUUACAGGGACGGCCCUGGUAUCCUGGCAUUAGUUACCGUUGAAAGCCGAUCGUUGGAUCAACAAAGCGUCGCUAAAGUUGAGAGUUAUAUUAAGAAGAUGAUGAAAGGAACGGCGUGCCAAUUGUUGAGGUGGAACCAACAUCAUUUUCUUCUGUUAUUUGAGUCGGCGAAUGAUUACGAGUCUUUUGGAAGGCUCUUCUUGGAGGAGAAAUUGGAUGACUGUGAAGGAUUCCGUGUGACUGCUAUUGAACCAUCCAUCUUGACCAAUCCACCGCGCUGCUUCGUGGAGAUUGAGACGCUCCACGGAACGCAAACUCGUGACGCCCUCAAGUCUUUCAUCUCCUACUUCUCCGGUGCCUUCCAGCAUGCCAGCAUCCUGGAGAUCCAGAGGCUAUUCCCCUUCACUGAAUCCCUGGAAGGUGACGUCCCAAGGCUGGCCCUCACCUUGAUGUUCAGCGGGAAAGCCCAAUCCCGAGCCACUGAAGUCGUCAAGGUACUCUCGGGCGAUCCAUGGGUACCGUUCAGUCUUCCAGAUGCAGUGGCUAGCGAACUCAGCGACGAUACGGCGUACUUCAAACACACCAAGUUGCCGCUCCCACUGUGGGGGGUGAAAACAGGGGCCAACACGUCUGGCGUUCGAGUGACGCUCUUUGUUAAAGACAGCCUGAGCUUUCAAUCAAUGGACUCGUUCUAUAGCAAAGUCACUGGCGUCACCCCGCUACAGCAGAACGGCGACAACACAGCUAAGAGCAGCACGUUCCCACUCUCCCCAAGGUUGGAGUUCUCUCUUGCAUUCUACCAGGGCGUGGUCCCACAAACAAGCCAGAAUCAGCUCCUAUACUUUCAAACAAACGAGUCAGCCAUCGGGGCGGAAAAGCUGGCGGAAGACCAUUGGCAGCUGAAAGACCCCGAAGAUAAUCUUGUGGUGCUUUUUACAACGAUGAAGUAAGACAAGUAUAUUUGUAGCUAGUAAAACUAGAGUUUAUGUGUAGCGGUACUAUUAUUAUAGACUAUUUAAAUAAUGCACCGGUGAAAGCUAUCUAUGAUUUCAUUCACACGGCGAACUCAUUUUCUGUGAUUUUUUUUUAACUAGAAGUCAGUUGAUUGUUUGCCCAAGGCAGGGGGGUAAACCCAAUAUGGGUAUAUCGUCACCUUGAUCAUAACCUCUAUCCCUCAUUAGGUUAUAAAUCAGACAAUGUGAAAGCGUUUUGAAAUGCCUAUGGAAAAUGCUAUACAAAUGUUAUUUAUUAUUAUUAUAAAUGGUCCCUUGAUCAGGAAAUUCAUGGAACACCUUUCGCCAUGCUGACACUUUGAGCCAAAUUUCAUGUCCCAAAAGGUUUGCUUAGGACAGGAAAAAUCUUCCUACAAAUUACCAGCUACAGUGCCAUGUCUUUCUUUUUAAUGUGCUGGUAAUCCGCUUUGAUUCUAUUUUGAUUUGGGGUUAAACAAAGAAAAUUGACUUGAGUGGGACACAAACCAACGACCUCCAGACCAACAUGCCGGCGCUCUACCAACUGAGCUGUCUAGCCCUUUGUUUGGCGGUCUCCUAAUUCUAUUUUGCAAACAAACUUGCUACAUUGUAGGUGAAACUUUCUGCUUGAUGAAAGCGGGCCGCAGAAUUGGUAUAAACGAUUCUGAUAUUGUCCCCGUCUUUGACAGAAGGCCUGUGAAGUUAAUUUGUAUGUAUUUUCACUGUUGCCUUUUAAAGCUGGUUUUAAACCUUGUGCAGCUAUAGAACUCUUAAAGAAUUAUCACCAUACUUUUGAUAUCUCAUUUUUGGUAAUCACUCUGUUGAAAGAAAAAACACAAAAUGAAGUAAGACCAACAUGUAUGUGAAUAUUUACCAGUUUGUGAGCAGCCUGACAUCUGUUAAAAUAAUAUUUGUUCAAAAGUAUUUAAAAGAAUACUUUGGUAUCGAUGACGAGUAAUAUAUUUUAUUGUAGGAAAAUUGUUACAAUUGUAAGUUAGAUUCUAGUGCUUCUUUGUUACCUUUUUUUGAGCAAUCCAACCCCUUCCCAGCCUUACUUCCGCGAAACAAAAUGUUCCCCUCUUUCCUCCUAAAACACAUAAAGAUGUCUUUGUAUCACUUCAAGUUAUUUAUAUAGCAAAUGUUAGAUUAUAUUUAGUCGGGUGAAAGGUAGCUCUUGCAAAAAUUACGACGACAAAUUGUGGUUUACUUUAAUGAAAAAUUGCCUUUCAGAUCAACUACAUGUACGUAUGAACAAAAACAAAUGAUAUUUUUAAAGUAAA